ACCACCGACCCCCGGCCGCAUAGAUCGGGAAAGAAAAAAAAAGAGACUUCGCCGGAUUGAACUGUACCACGUUAAGGAUUGCGAUUGAAAUUUUAAGACUUUGCGCUUCAACUCUGUAGUGCAGUGCAGUGCAGUGCAGCAACCCCCCUCCCCCCUGAAAAUUUCCCAAAGCUAUACCCCGCGAUGGCUUCUAAAACAACCUACAUCCCGCGGUACCUGCUCCCCCAAUACGGCGCGCUAUGGCGCACCGCAGCCUUCGCGAGAGCUCCCCUCAACGCCGAGCUGGGCCAGGUGCUAGUGCGCUAUACCUCCAAGACCGCAACGAGGGCAUCCUCGACCAAAGCCAGCCACAAGUCGCCCGCCGCCAAAGCCGCCAAGCACUCCGCGCCGACGAAGCCCCUGCCCAAGACCGCGGCUACCAAGGCUGCUCCUGUAACUAAAGAAGAAGUCCCUCCGCAAACACCGAUCCUAAAGACUGCGACUUCGUCUACUGCACCCAAGUCUGCAUAUCCGUCUAAGCCUGCUUCGGAAACCCAGGCAUCCGCAGUGAAGCCAGGUGCGCCCCCUAAGCCCGACCCUUCAAAGCCCAUCGUGCUCGAAAAGCCCGAGCGAUUCAACCCCCCAUCCCAUGGCGCACGCCUACCGAGAUCGACCCCAAAGCACUACGGAGGUCCCACGACAGACGCCGAGCUCCAAGCCCAGUCCGCAAAAGCGUACCCAGGCCUACCGCCUCCGGAGAACACAUGGACGCACUGGUUCAUCCACAGUCGAGGGAUUCACUUAUUUAUUACCUUAGGCACCCUCACCUCCCUAGCAAUCUACACCUUCAUCGCCAACUUCAACGCCAAAUCCCCCUUCGCAGACCUGAUCCCGCCCAUCUCCGAGUUCCCCCGGCACCCCUUCCAGUACAUCGGCGUCGUCAUCGACGUCAUGCGCAUGCACGAGGAACACCAGUCCGCCCUGACGGCCGAGAAGCGCCGCCGCAAAGUCGAUGACGUCGCUAAGAGGAACGAGUACCGCAAGGCGCAUGGCAUAGAGCCCGCUCGGGGAUUCUGGGCUAGCAGCAGCAAGCCUGCUGAGCCGGAGACUACCGAACCGGUCCCGAUCGUCGAGUCUGCUGCGCCCGAGCCUAACCUAGCUGCGGCUGAGUUCACUCCGGAUGGCAAGCGCAAGAAGUUCCUCGGGAUAUUUUAAGCAAGGGGACGAAUGGAAGUACGAAGGAGCGUGGAGAAAGAUAGUAGCCGUUACUUAUUAGGCGUAUGGCCAGCAUGGGUUCCAUC